AUGAUUUCUGGCUGAGGUACACCGCGAAAUCGUGUUUUCUUGAGUUGAUCAUGAUCUUUUUCUUAAAUUUAAAAAAAUGUAAAUUUUUAGAGAAAUAUUAUUUUUCAUUUAAGUUAUUAUAAUAAUCUUUUAUUCGCGUAGUUGUUGUUUGGCGUAUUGAUUUGGAGCACCAAGCAACAAUAAUGCUGAAGCAAUUGAAAUAAAAUGGAAUUUGGUGAUUAUACAAUUACAAAAAUAAAUGAUUGCAACCAAACUGUUCAGACUUUGAAUCAACCUGUCAUACCUCAUACUCAAGCACCUAUCCAACCUCCUCCUCAAGCACCUAUUAUACAUCCGACAUAUCAUGCAACUACUAAUAAAAAUGAUUUGGAUGCACUUGCUCUUCAAGAUAAUCAUUUGCUGAAUGAUAAUCCCGAUAGUCCACCUGAACAUGAAGGGAAAAAAGGGCCUUCAGAGGAACGUCAUUUAUGCCAGUAUUGUGACCGAGUAUAUCCUUCAAGGACUAACCUUUCCAGGCAUAUUUUUAGAGUUCAUCGUGUACCUGCUAGGAAAAGUAAGCCAUGUCCUGACACAUUGACAAAUGAAUCCAAAGGAGCAGUAUGUUAUGAAGAAGGUUGUGAUAACCAGAAAUUUAAAAGCACAACAGAGCUGAGAAAUCAUCUUGUAAAUAAGCAUAAUUUUAUUUUCCAAGUUGUGAAAAAUGAAUUGGAAACUGAGCAGGAGUUCAUCACAUGGAAGAAGAAUGUGGAAGAAGCUUGCAAUAUCAAAUGGGUAAAGCAAGCUGCCAAAAAAAAAGCUUCUGGUUGUACUGUUGUGACAUAUAUAUGCCAUCGAAGUGGCAAAUUUCGUAGUAAUGGUGCUCGUCGCAGGGCGUUGAAAUCUUGCAAAAUAGGACACUUCUGCACAGCUUAUUUGAAAGUGAUUAUAUUGCAAGAUGGGAAAGGUUAUCAAGUAGAACUUUACCCAGAUCAUUAUGGCCAUGAUGUCUCCUCCUCAGAAGACAAAAAAGUCAAAGUUCAAGUUGCCAAAUGCUUAAAUAAUCCUGUCAGAGGAAUUCUGAUAAGUACAACUGGAGUUCUUUUUGAGAAUGGAAAGUAUGAAGCCAUUAAAGGAUCUGUAAUAGCAGUUGAAAGGUUGAGGCAACUAGGAAUUGCUAUUAGGUUCAUCACGAAUGAUUCUAGGCGAACUCCUGCUGAUUUAGUCAAAAAACUUCAAACUUUGGGGUUCAGUGUGAUUGAAGAAGAAAUUUUCUCUCCUAUACCUGUAGUGAUAAAUACUCUCUUAACACUUGGACUGAGGCCUUAUUUAAUGGUUCAUCAAGAUAUUCGAUCUGCUUUUGAUAAACUUGAUCAAUCUUCUCCUAAUUGUGUAGUCAUUGGGGAUUUAGGUGGAAAUGUUUCUGCUGAUAUGUUUAAUAAGGCAUAUCAAGUGCUGACAUCAUCACCAAGCCCAGUUCUUGUGAAAUUAGGAAAUGAAAAGUAUUAUAAGGAGAAAAAUGAAUUAGUUCUCGGAGCAGCAUCCUAUGCUGCAGCUUUGGAGUAUGCUUGUAGUACAGAAGCAAUGGUUGUUGGGAAGCCAUGUUAUGAUUUUAUUAUGAAUGCAGUGAAUGGCAUGGGAAUAUGUCCUCAAGAGAUACUUAUGGUUGGAGAUGAUAUUGAGAAUGACAUACAAGCUGCACAAAGAUGUGGUAUGCGUGCUAUUCUUGUGCGAACAGGAAAAUUUAGACCUGAUGAUGCUAAGAAUGAAGUGAUAAAACCGGAUACUAUUGUAAAGAAUCUUGCUCAUCUGGUUGAUAUGUUAGUUCUAAAAUCUAAGCGUGAAAACUCAGCAAAAUGUAAUCCAGAGAAUUCGCACAAAUAUCCUCAAGACCAUAAAAAACAAAUGAAUCGAACUCCUAAGCCUAUGGAACAGCCACCUGUUCCUGUUCCAGUUCAUUGUGACAUUUUUCCAUUUAGAUUUGGUGCAGGACCUGAUGGCAGUUAAUGGAGGUAUCAUAUUGACUGUGUUUAUUUAUACUUUGAACUGAGUUCAAAUUAGUAGUAUUUUGUUAAACCCUGUGACAAAAUCAGUUGUUUAUCAAUAACUGACUCAAUAAGCAGCUCUGCUGUAAGUUUUGUUCAAAUUAGUUAAUGACUGAUAAAAAGAGGGUGUCAUCACUUAUCAUAUUCAAAUACAGUGUAUUUUGGUGACAUCAUUUGUUAAAAAUAUGUUAGUUUCCAGUUUUCUAGACAUACCCUCUGAGUGGCAUGGCAUCUUGGUUCUGCUCAUGGAGACCUGUAUUUAAACAGCUUCUGUAAGCUGUAUUUUUAUAAUUUAUUUUAGUCUCUGCUUUCAAAAACUUCAGUUCAUUAACCCUUUCUGGCAUGCUAUCUUUUAAAUUUGGAAUUUUGAUUUAAAAAAAAAAAAAAAAAAAAAAAGGUAAGCAGUCUAAUUAGGCCUAGAGGAGUACACAAGUAAAAUUUUGUGAACAUAGCACUUAUCGUUUUAAUUCUGUGAGUGUGCCUGCCACACUGAUUGGAUAGAGUUUCAAAAAGAGUGUUGAAAUGAGCAUUGCUGGGAAGCGCAUAAAAGAGUAAGAGAAUUUGCCUACGAUUAAAAAACACUAGAUUCUGAAUACAGCAGCAUAUUUAGCACUAUCCAGGGUUUGAUAUGGGGAGACCUGCUACUCUACACCCUAAAAAGUAACUUGGGUAUAUGAUAUUUAGAUUUCAUAUUUACACUUUAGUCUAUUUUUUUCAGGGUGGUACUUUUCGAAGAAAGUGACACCACCCUUGACAAAGCACAAUACAAUAUUGCUUGUUUUGCUCAUGUACUGGGAUUCACUAUCUGAAAACAAUUCGUGUAGCACUUUCAGUGCUUUAGAAAUGGUCAGCCCUCUCUGAUCCGUUUGGAAAAUAAUUAAAAAUCCGAAAAAAAAUAACAUAAUAAUAUUAUAUCUACAAUUAGAAAUUAUAAACUAUAAAAUCAAAUUAAAUAAAUGUCUACAAUUCAAAACUAUUAAAUGUAGUGCUAGCGAAACUUUGAACGAAAGCGAAAGAGAAAAAGAAAACUGCUCUAGUGAAAAACAAAACAGCUAACUGAUAAAAUUACCGUUGACCUUCAAAAAAUCACCCCAACAAUUUGUUAGUUGAUAACCAAACAUCCCCUCAAAAAAAAGAGGGAAAAAAAGAGAGGGAGAAAUGAACAAAGAGAAAAACAGGAAAUGAAACAUAGAUGUGGACCCACCUUUCCGUUAUCAAUGAACUGACCGAUGAGAUGCAAAGAAACAAAGAAUACAGACCCCUAGUUGUCCUAGAUUAUCAAUGAGCCCAUCCUGGGCACACCUGGUGUUUGCCGUUUGAUUUUAGGCAAGAUUUCAAGGUAAAAAUUUAAAACUAAUAUAGAAUAAGGAGAUUAGCAUACAACCAAAAAAAUAACAUAAAUAAUACAUAUAAAUAAUACAUAUAAAAAAUAACAUAAAUAACACACAAAAUAAUGAUUAUUGAAAAGUCAAACAACAAGAAUCAGUGUUAUAUUUGUAAAUUUUGCAAGACUAGUUUUGAUGAUUUGACUAUAGAACCAACAUCCUCAGCUGCCAAAGUGCAAAAAUGCAAUUUUUGCUUGUUAUUUUAACCUAAAUUAUAGGAGCUCCAAACAGGCCUUUUUUUACUUCCUUGUACAAAGUAAAAAGGAAGUAUUGUA